GGAACCGGAGCCCUUCACCUGCGGGCGCUACGGACAGGCUACGUUUUGGCCGGAGGGCGGCGGGCUCCGGCGGAACGGGCGGUGGGGCGGGGAGAGCCAGAGCCCGCCCCACGCCCCGGCCCGCCUUAAGCCCCGGCCCGCGAGUCCUGUUCCCCCUGCGCGGCCCUGCAGCUUCGGGACCCCUGCCCGGAGGAGCCGCCUGCCCUCAACCCGCCGCUGCCGCCAUGCUGGGCUCGCCCGGCCGUGCCCCGCCGCUGCUGCUGGUGGGGCUGCUGCUGGGGCUGCCCGUGCUGCUGCCGGCGCGGCCGCCGGGCGGUGGCAGGCGGCCCCGCUAUGAGCCCACCUGGGGCUCGCUGGACGCCCGUCCGCUGCCCGCCUGGUUUGACGAGGCGAAGUUUGGCGUCUUCAUCCACUGGGGCGUGUUCUCGGUGCCCAGCUUCGGCAGCGAGUGGUUCUGGUGGUACUGGCAGAAGGAAAAGAGACAGCCUUAUGUGGAAUUUAUGGAGGCAAAUUACCCACCUGGGUUCAGUUAUGAAGAUUUUGGGCCACUGUUUACAGCAGAAUUCUUUGAUCCCAACCAGUGGGCAGAUAUUCUGAAGGCUUCAGGUGCAAAAUAUGUUGUCUUAACUUCAAAACAUCAUGAAGGCUUUACUUUAUGGGGGUCCAAAUAUUCUUGGAACUGGAAUGCUGUUGAUGUGGGACCAAGACGAGAUCUUGUGGCUGAACUAGAAACAUCUGUUAGAAACAGGACUGACUUGCAUUUUGGGUUAUACCAUUCCCUGUUCGAAUGGUUUAAUCCUCUCUUCCUUGAGGAUGCUGCCAAUGCCUUUAUGACAAGAAAGUUUCCAACUAGUAAAUCAUUACCAGAACUCUAUGAAAUUGUGACCAAGUACCAGCCAGAAAUAAUUUGGUCUGAUGGGAAUGGAAAUGCACCAGAUACUUACUGGAACAGUACUGGUUUCUUGGCUUGGCUGUAUAACGACAGUCCAGUCCGGGACACGGUUGUGACCAAUGACCGCUGGGGGGUUGGCAGCAUCUGUACACAUGGCGGCUUCUACACUUGCAGUGACCGGUAUAACCCCGGCCACCUUCUGCCUCACAAGUGGGAGAACUGCAUGACCAUUGACAGCGGGUCGUGGGGGUACAGGAGGAAUGCACAGCUUAGCGACUACCUCACAAUCCAGGAGCUGGUGAAGCAACUUGUAGAAACAGUGUCUUGUGGAGGAAACCUCCUGAUGAAUAUUGGGCCCACUCACGAUGGUCGCAUCGCCGUUGUGUUCGAGGAACGCCUGAGGCAGAUGGGUGCCUGGCUGGAAGUCAAUGGAGAAGCCAUCUAUGGGACGAAACCAUGGAGAGCACAGAACGACACAGCCACCCCAGGAGUGUGGUACACUUUCAGCCCUAAAGAGGGGAAAGUCAAUGCCAUCUUCCUUGACUGGCCAGUCUCUGGGACUCUGGUACUUGGUGAGCCACAAGCCAAGCUUGGAGAAACACAGGUGAAGCUGGUUGGCUACGAGGAACUGCUGAAAUGGGUUGCACUGGGAGAAAAGGGAAUCAUUGUAGCUCUGCCUCAGUUAACUCCCAAGCAAUUGCCAUGUCAGUGGGGCUGGACAUUACAGCUGACUGACAUAAGCUGAGCUGUAUGCUGCUGGAGCCUUGGGCAGCAGGGAAUGAGGAUGUUUUGCCCACUUUCUCAUCACUGGUUUCUCUUGACUGACUGCGAAACCCCAAUAAUUUCACUUCUUCAUGAAAGGUGGACUGUUGUUAAAGGAUGGAAUGACCCUCAGGUGAAAUCUAGAACUAGAUAGGUGAAGCUCUGCAUACAAUUUGUUUUCUUGAACUUGUGUGAAAACUGAGCAUUGACCUUGACCUCUCCACUUAAUCAGUUUCUUGCCAAGUUAUGUGAAGGGGGGAAGGAAAGAAGGGAAACCAGGCACUGGAUUUUUAAAGCCAUGAGAAAGAACAAGCUAGCUCAAGCCAGCAUUCAAAUGUCAGUCAGUCAUCUACCUUCUUUAAUGCAAGAAAUCUUAACUUCCACAAAACUGUACAGUAAAACCUGUCAGCUUUAGAGAAAAGAAUAGCCUUUCUCCAGUUGUGUGCAACAAGUGGCAGUUUCAGCUGAGCAGGGCAGUGUAUCUGCAUUACUCUGAAGUAAUUCUAUCCAUUAUUGGGAUACAAGCAAAGUGGGAGGGGUUUUGGCUGUUUUAUAUAAUAUUAUAUGGUUAAUGCUGACUGUUUACAGCCAUUGUUUUUAACGUUACCAGGGUGCCUCCUGUGGACAAUAAACCAAAACAUGUACUCCAAUGACGAGCUUUUUUAUAAGUGAGAAAUAACCAGGAGUUGCUAGGGAGCCUCAGCUUUGUCCAAGAGGCAUCAAUUUAAGCAGAGGGUAGAUUGCAUCUAACUUGAAAAAUUCCCAAGCUCAUCAUGUGUCAGGAUUUGCAGGGACAGACCUGCAGUGUGAAGUUUGCAAAGAGGGGGAGAUAUAGGACAACAAAAAGCAUGAAUUGUUUCAGUGCAGAUAUCAAAGGUUUAUUUUUCCUGAGUAAUGUCAAUAAGUGCAAAACUAUGACUGUAUAAUUUAUGUUUAUUCUUACAGGAUUUUAAGUGAAGGGCCAAUAGAGGUUAUUGCCUUUCCUGCUGGUAAUGUUAGUACACACACAAAUUUUACAUUAAAAUAUUUUAUUACAAUACAGACAAUUAGGCUCAAAAUUAAUAAUACAAAUUAAGAUAAAAUAUUUACAAGUUAAUGUGUACAGUGUAGCUGUUUGAACAGCAUAAACAAGAGGACUUCUAAAAAUCCACAUUCCUUUAGCAUCAAGUAACAGAGAGAGCAGUUCCCUCCUGCCCACCCCCCCAGCUUGUUCAAGAAGAAUGUGCAUCAGUUGGCAAAGGCUUGCUGUAGAAUGACUCUUUGGAAUAACAUUUGUAAAGUUUAAGAAAAAAUGAGUUUUCCUUUAUGAAAAUAAAUAUUUGGGAGAAGAAGAAA